CCCCUUCUCCUUUUUUAAGACAGUUUCCACACAUCUGGCUCCCUGGCUGGCCUUGAACUUGUUGUAUGGUAGAGGAUGACCUUGAUAAUCCCAUCUUCCCACCUCCAACCACUGAGUGCAGCACAGUGAGUCUAGCUGCUGGUGUGCCGGCAGGUGCCCACAGCAGAGCCAGAAAGAGUGCUUUUCCCUUGACGCACCACACUCCUAUGACACUCUUCCCUUCAUGCAGUAGCUCAAGUCCUUGGGCCAUGGUACCUACCAGACUUGUCUUGGCCAGGACUUGCACUGUGUUUGACAGUGUUUUGAAAUGGGCUCCAUCCACAUGUGCUGUCCUCAAGCCCAGCCAGCUGCUUCCUCUGCAAGCGUCAUGCAGAUUGCUCUCUGUGGGCAUCACAGACCACGCUAAGCACCGGGAGCCUUCUGGGAAGAAGCUACUGUCAGAGAAGAAACUGAAAAGGCAUUUCGUGGAUCACCGGAGAGUGCUGUUCCGUGGAGGAAGUGGGGGCUCUGGCAUGAGCUGCUUCCACAGUGAGCCCCGCAAGGAGUUCGGAGGCCCUGAUGGUGGGGAUGGAGGAAAUGGUGGACACAUCAUCCUGAGAGUUGACCAGCAAGUCAAGUCCUUGUCCUCGGUCUUGUCCCAGUAUCAGGGUUUCAGUGGAGAAGACGGUGGCAGUAAAAACUGCUUUGGACGCGGUGGUGCCACCCUCUACAUCCAGGUCCCUGUGGGCACCUUGGUGAAAGAAGGAGAUGAGAUUGUGGCUGACCUCUCCCACCCGGGAGACGAGUAUGUGGCAGCUCUCGGAGGUGCAGGAGGAAAAGGCAAUCGUUUCUUUCUGGCCAAUGACAACCGUGCCCCUGUAACUUGCACCCCUGGACAACCGGGUCAGGAGCGGGUCCUCUACUUGGAACUCAAGACAAUGGCUCACGCUGGGAUGGUUGGCUUCCCGAAUGCUGGGAAAUCCUCUCUCCUUCGAGCCAUUUCAAAUGCAAAACCUGCUGUAGCUUCCUACCCGUUCACCACCUUGAACCCUCACGUGGGGAUUGUUCACUAUGAAGGCCACCAACAGGUAGCAGUGGCAGACAUCCCAGGAAUCAUCCGAGGCGCACACCAGAACAAGGGCCUGGGCCUCAGCUUCCUCAGGCAUAUCGAGCGUUGUCGCUUCUUCCUGUAUGUGGUAGAUCUUUCCUUGCCUGAGCCAUGGACACAGGUUGACGAUUUAAAAUAUGAACUAGAGAAGUAUGAAGAAGGCCUGUCAGAGAGAUCCCACGUGAUCAUUGCAAAUAAGAUUGAUCUCCCGCAGGCCAGAGCCCACCUGCCUCAGCUCCAGGAUCGCCUCGGACAGGAGGUCAUAGCCCUGUCAGCACUGACUGGGGAGAACCUGGAGCAGCUGCUUCUACACCUGAAGGUGCUGCAUGAUGCCCACAUAGAGGCCGAGCUGGAGCAGGGUCGCCAGCCUCUCAGGUGGUAGUGGGCACAGGGCUGUGUGCCCCAGGGCCAGUGUUGGACAGGGGUGGGCCAGCAGUCACAGGAAGCAAAAGCAACCUUUUUGUAAACUGCAAGCUGCUUUGAACUCCAGAGACUAAGUACUUGCUAAUACA